AUGGCGUCGGUGGCGGCUUGGCUGCCGUUUGCCCGAGCCGCCGCCAUCGGGUGGGUACCAAUCGCCCGCCAGCCCAUGCCGAAGCCGCCGCUAGCGAUUCAGGCCAAGGACCUGGCGGUCGACCACGUGUCCGACGAAAAACUCAUCAUCAACAUAUCUGGAAGACGGUUCGAGACCUGGCGCAACACACUCGAGAAGUUCCCCGAGACCUUGUUGGGCUCGAACGAGAAGGAGUUCUUCUACGACGAGGAGACGGGCGAGUACUUCUUCGACAGGGACCCUGGUGAGUGCACUGUAAUGUUAUUGACCUGUCUGUUUCAGAUCUGUUUCGUCACGUCCUCACUUUUUACCGGACCGGAAAGCUUCACGUAAGUGAUUUACAGUGACGUAGAGUUCUCUCGGAAUCUUUCUAGACUAAAAAUAACGUUAACAAUGUCAAUUCUAGACAAAGUGAUUGUAGUUUUAAGUGUAGAUGGCGCUCAAGAUCUUUGUAUCUUUUUGUAAGAAGCAUCUGUAAAUCUCAAAAACAGAAGAACACUACAUUCCUUUGCAAUAUGAAUAUUUCAGUACCCCAAACACGAAUGUUUGAUGGCCUACGACGAGGAGCUGGCCUUCUUCGGCAUCAUGCCCGACCUGAUCAGCGACUGCUGCUACGAAGACUACAAGGACCGUAAGCGCGAGAAUCAGGAGCGGCUCAUGGAAGAGACGUUGGAGGUGCCAGAGAAGGCCAAGGGGAAGCAGACCUUCCAGCAACAGAUGUGGGCCGCCUUCGAGAAUCCUCAGACGUCGUCGGUGGCACUGGUGUUCUACUAUGUAACGGGUUUCUUCAUCGCAGUAUCAGUGCUGUGUAAUAUAAUCGAGACGAUCCCUUGUCAGUACUUUGACAAUGAGGAGAGUAUCACAUGUGGCGACAUGUACGAGCGACAGUUCUUCGUGCUGGAUACCGCGUGUGUCAUCAUAUUCACGAUAGAGUACUUGCUGCGAUUGUUUGCGGCGCCUGAUCGGCUAAAGUUUAUGCGGUAAGGUUGUGUUUAGUUUAGAAAAGUUGAAUUUAUUAAAACAUUUUGCAAGCUAUGCUACUAUGAAGUAGAAGAAAAUAGUAAAAAUAACUAUCUUUACUGAGUAAAUUAAAUUCCAGAUCAAUUAUGUCAGUAAUAGAUGUAGUAGCAAUUUUGCCGUACUACGUUGGACUAGGGCUACAGGACAAUAAAGAUAUCAGUGGUGCAUUUGUCACACUUAGAGUUUUCGUAAGUUUUCAUCCUUCCUUUUGUGGUAUCUUACUCUUAUCAUAGUGAUUUCCACUAACAUCUACCGCCGUAAUGGCAAGCAUCGCUAUUACAUACAUUAAUAUCAUAACAUAUUUUUAACCUUACAAAUACAUUAUUUAAAAUUUUACUUUGCAUACUACAACGUUUUCACUUUCAGCGGGUGUUUCGUAUAUUUAAAUUUUCUCGUCAUUCUCAAGGACUUCGUAUUCUGGGUUACACGCUCAAAUCCUGUGCUUCCGAGCUGGGCUUCUUGGUGUUUUCCUUGGCCAUGGCCAUAAUCAUCUUCGCCACCAUCAUGUACUACGCGGAAAAGAAGGUGUCCAACACCAAGUUCACCUCCAUCCCCGCCGCCUUCUGGUACACCAUCGUCACGCUGACGACGCUCGGCUACGGUGAUGUGACGCCGCAGACGAUAACGGGCAAGAUAGUUGGAGGUAUAUGUUCGCUGAGUGGUGUGUUGGUAAUCGCCCUGCCGGUGCCUGUCAUCGUCAGCAACUUCUCCCGCAUCUACCAUCAGAAUCAGCGGGCAGACAAAAGGAAAGCUCAAAAGGUAAGCCGGCUGUCACAAAGCCUGUUACUCACAUUGAUGGCCAUGUUAUGAAAGUUACACAGACCACGUGUGACAGUUAGAAAGAGUAGUUGUUAUUCAAAAUAGAACAUUUAAAUUUUAUGUCUGGUCAAAAGUAAACAGAAAAAUCAUGUUUACUAGAACCUAUGGUAUAAUUGUGUUGAUUGCAGAAGGCACGGCUAGCCAGGAUACGAGUAGUGAAAAACGCUAGCGGCCAAGCCUUGUUCUCGAAGAAAAAGGCACACGAGGCCAGGAUGCAAGCCUUCGAACAAGGUACCCUGCCAAUCGAGGCACUUAAAGACGAAGAUAUAUUCGAAAUACAACACCAUCACUUGCUACAGUGUUUAGAGCGGGCUACAGUAAGUUGGGUUACUAUCUUUUGCUAAAAUACCUUCAAAUCACUAUUUAAAGGUUUUCAAUUUUUUGAGCUAAAAACUGAUUUAAUGCGGCUUUUAUUAUCAAUCUGUAUACCAUCAGUUGUGAAAUUAUUCAGUUCUUUUUCUCGGUUGAAAAUAGCAUUUUUGAUUUUGUGCCAAAACAUACGAAUAGUGUCAUUCUAAAACACUUAAAAUCUUGUGCAUAUUAAUACCGGUCGCUUAGGAACGAGAAUACAACGAGACCGAGAUCGAUUACGACUACGCCCAGCAGAACACUCCGCCACCGUUCACGUCGCUGGCUUCGGUCCGCUCGCAGGGCAAGAAGUCGGGCGAAGGGUCCAGAAUCAGCUUCUGCUGCGUCCGAAGUCAGCAGAAGAGCGACAACGACGACGCCAGCUCCAAAGGCCGUAGCCAUCGUCAGACGACGAUCAGCGAAUCCUCGAAUCUGGAGGAGAAUCUGGUGCUGCAUCAGAACAACUCUCGCCACUACGACAACGAAGGCAAGCAUCUGGACAACGCCAUGAGCAGCGUCUAA